AGGGAAGCAUCGUAGAAUGAAGGAUGAAGGAAUAAGAAUAUGUAAUGUAAAUGGUGCAAAGCAAAUUGAGAAGUUACGACUCACUCCCUUUGUUAUCCACAAACAACACAAGGAAAAGAAAAGAAAGCCAAAUGGUGAGAGUGGUUCCCAUGGCUUCUUCGAUUCGACCCACUCUCUCCUCCCUUAGGUUCUCACCACCGCUUUCUUCUUCUUCUUCUCGUCUCUCUUUCUUCCACCUCCCCUCUCUGUCUCAAUCCCAUAGUUUUGGCCUGAAAGCUUCCAGAGUGAUGAGACAGGAUGGUAACUCCGCCAGAGUCAUGGCAUCGGGGAACGUGCCUCAGUCAGUUGCAGCUGCUUCACCAGAAAAUGUGCUCGAGUGGGUCAAACAGGACAACCGGAGAAUGCUUCAUGUUGUGUAUCGUGUUGGGGACUUGGACAGGACCAUCAAGUUUUAUACAGAGUGCCUAGGAAUGAAGCUCCUCAGGAAGCGGGACAUACCAGAGGAGAGAUAUACUAAUGCCUUUCUUGGAUAUGGGCCCGAAGACUCGCACUUUGUUAUUGAACUGACAUACAAUUAUGGAGUUGACAAGUAUGAUAUUGGAACUGGAUUUGGCCAUUUUGGUAUUGCUGUUGAUGAUGUUGCAAAAGCAGUGGAGCUAAUAAGAGCUAAGGGUGGCAAAAUAACCAGAGAGCCUGGUCCUGUAAAGGGAGGGCGUUCAGUAAUAGCAUUUAUUGAAGAUCCUGAUGGUUACAAAUUUGAACUUAUAGAAAGAGGUCCCACUCCUGAACCUUUGUGCCAAGUAAUGCUUCGAGUGGGUGAUCUAAACCGAUCCAUAGAAUUUUAUGAGAAGGCAUUUGGUAUGGAGCUGCUUCGUACACGAGAUAAUCCAGAGUACAAGUAUACCAUAGCAAUGCUGGGUUAUGGGCCAGAAGAUAAAAGUACUGUUUUGGAGUUGACUUACAAUUAUGGAGUCACUGAAUAUGAUAAAGGAAAUGCUUAUGCUCAGAUUGCAAUAGGCACAGAUGAUGUGUACAAAACUGCAGAAGUAAUUAAACUAGCUGGAGGAGGAAAGAUUACUCGGGAACCUGGACCAUUACCUGGUAUCAACACAAAAAUUACUGCAUGCUUGGAUCCUGAUGGUUGGAAGUCGGUUUUUGUAGAUAAUGUUGAUUUUCUAAAGGAGUUGGAAUAGAAUAUUGAGGUAGAUCAUCGUAGCAAUCUUGUGAGAUCGGUAUCAAAAUCUAUGGCAAAGAAUUGGUAUUCUUUGAAGAAAAAUGUUGGCAUCAGAGUGUAUCAUAUUCAAAUCCGAUUUUGUAGAUAAUGUAAUAAAGACAAUAGCACCAACUCUGUAAGCUGUAGCAAAUGUCUUUUACUAAAUACAAUGAAGCAAGCUUGGGAAACUUAUGUCCUUUAUCUCCA